UUAGUGUUUUGAUAUAUCACUGUGAGUAGUACUAUUAUCUUGGUGACCUGUAAAUUUUGUAGAUAUAUAUAGUAAGUAUUUGAGUAGAGUAGGGACUACCUACUUCUGGUCCUUACAAUCGCCUUAAUUUACGUGGGGCUCAAUUUUGGUGUGAUUGAUUUGAUAAUGUAACUGCCGUUGAUUCAUGUAAUCUCACACUUAUACGUUUACUUCUUCCUCCAACUCUGCUAAUCUAACCAUUUGUUGCACAAGAGUUUAUCAUAAAUUGUACUUCAAGUAAGUGUAUAUUAUCUCUUUGUUAGUAUCCAGCAAAUUAGUACUACAAGCCUUUGCGGAUAAUGGAUAUCGAUUAUGGCAAGUGUUGGGACACUUCAAAGAAGUCUUGGAAGAGUACACUGAUUCUGGCUUAUCAGAGUCUUGGGGUAGUGUAUGGUGAUCUCAGUAUUUCCCCUCUCUAUGUCUACAAGAGCACAUUUGCAGAAGACAUUCAUCAUUCCGAGACUAAUGAAGAGAUUUUUGGCGUUCUCUCUUUCGUUUUUUGGACUUUAACUCUAGUUCCUCUAUUCAAAUAUGUCUUUAUCGUGCUUCGAGCUGAUGACAAUGGAGAAGGUGGUACUUUUGCGCUCUAUUCCUUAAUAUGCAGGCAUGCCAAAGUUAGCCUUCUACCUAACAGACAAGUUGCUGAUGAAGCUCUUUCUACCUACAAACUUGAGCACCCUCCUGAGAUGAAGAACAGCUCAAAGUUGAAGUUGCUUCUUGAGAAGCACAAGUCCUUACACACUGCUCUGCUGAUUUUGGUGCUUCUUGGCACUUGUAUGGUGAUUGGAGAUGGGCUACUUACUCCAGCCAUUUCCGUAUUCUCUGCGGUCUCUGGUCUUGAGUUAUCGAUGUCUCGGGAGCAUCAUCAAUAUGCAGUGAUUCCAAUAACUUGCUUCAUAUUGAUCUGCCUAUUCGCAUUACAACAUUAUGGCACACAUCGAGUUGGUUUUUGUUUUGCACCAAUUGUGAUGACCUGGUUACUCUGCAUUAGUGCUCUUGGGUUAUACAACAUUAUCCACUGGAAUCCACAGGUUUACAAAGCUCUUUCCCCCUAUUACAUGGUAAAGUUCCUGAAGAAAACAAGAAAAGGUGGAUGGAUGUCUUUGGGUGGAAUUCUGCUCUGCAUAACUGGUUCUGAAGCAAUGUUUGCUGAUCUUGGGCAUUUCUCAUAUACUGCAAUUCAAAUUGCUUUCACCUUUCUGGUUUAUCCAGCACUAAUCUUGGCGUAUAUGGGUCAAGCAGCUUUCUUAUCAAAGCAUCACCACACCAUUCACAAGAUUGGUUUCUAUGUAUCAGUUCCAGAUGUUGUGAGAUGGCCAGUGCUAGUGAUAGCAAUUCUGGCCUCUGUUGUGGGAAGUCAGGCAAUCAUCAGCGGAACAUUCUCAAUUAUCAACCAGAGUCAAUCCCUUGGUUGUUUCCCAAGAGUCAAGGUUGUUCACACCAAUGCCAAGAUACAUGGCCAGAUAUACAUUCCUGAGAUCAAUUGGAUACUCAUGAUUCUUUGUGUUGCUGUGACUAUUGGUUUCAGAGACACAAAGCACAUGGGAAAUGCGUCAGGACUAGCAGUGAUGGCGGUGAUGCUAGUGACCACUUGCCUUACUUCAUUAGUUAUCAUCCUCUGCUGGAACAAGCCUCCAAUACUGGCCCUUGGAUUUCUCCUUGUGUUUGGGUCUAUUGAGUUACUCUACUUCUCAGCCUCCGUCAUCAAGUUUCUUGAAGGUGCUUGGCUUCCAAUCCUGCUUGCACUCUUUUUGGUUACUGUCAUGUUUGUUUGGCACUACGCCACAGUUAAAAAGUAUGAAUAUGAUCUCCACAAUAAGGUUUCGUUAGAAUGGCUGCUGGCUCUAGGUCCAAGCUUGGGUAUUACUCGAGUCCCUGGCAUCGGCCUCGUAUUCACUGAUUUGACUUCUGGGAUUCCAGCCAACUUCUCACGUUUUGUUACGAACCUCCCUGCCUACCACCGGAUACUUGUUUUCGUGUGUGUGAAAUCCGUGCCUGUCCCUUUUGUUCCCCCAGCUGAGAGAUACCUCGUAGGCCGUGUUGGACCUGCAGCUCAUCGUUCCUAUAGAUGCAUUGUCCGUUAUGGUUACCGUGAUGUUCACCAGGAUGUUGACUCCUUUGAAUCUGAACUUGUCAGUAGGCUGGCUGAUUUCAUCCGGUAUGAUUGGUACAAGGCACAUGGAAUGAUGGAGACAUGCAACGAGGAUGACUGCUCACGUUCUGGUGCAUCGUCAGGAGAAUGUAGACUGACGGUUAUAGGAACUCUAGAUUUGUCAGGCGCACCAGCUUUUGAAGUCGAAGAAACCAUGCAGCCUGCAAGCGUGUCUGUCGGUUUUCCUACAGUUGAAAGUGUAGCAGAUGUGAUAGAGAUGCAAGCAGUGGAAAGAAGGGUGAGAUUUGCGAUAGAUGACGAGUCGGAAGUGGAUUCAGGGGACGUGAUGGAUUGUCAGCUGCAGGAAGAGCUAGAAGAUUUAUACACAGCACAACAAGCAGGUACAGCAUUUGUACUAGGACAUUCACACGUGAAAGCAAAACAAGGAUCAUCUGUGUUGAAGAGGUUGGCUAUAAAUUAUGGUUAUAAUUUCCUUAGGAGGAAUUGCAGAGGUGCAGAUGUAUCCCUUAAAGUUCCUCCAGCAUCCCUUCUUGAAGUUGGCAUGGUCUACAUUGUUUAAUUAUAUAUAUAUCAUUUUUUUCACUUUACUUUACUCCUAUAGCUAUGUAUCUUAUUAGGACCUUCUUUAGUGAGGUAAAUAUAAUUAUUACUGAAGUUUAUCAUAUGGUUUUUCUCUUA